CCGUGGGAGAGAGAGAGAGAGGCCGUGUAACCCUGGAUGAGCCCAUGUCUUUUUCGUGUGCCCGCCAGUCUGGUGGAUCUAGAUAACUGGGACCCGGAUGGGUCGUAGGUACCUACGUGUGGACGACAAGUACCUGAGUAAUGCCCACCGGUGAACAUGCGGCUGCAGCUUUGACAAGUCAGCAAUCGCAUCUCGAGCUCACUUGGCGCAACCUUUCCGACCUGCAGGCCGAGCGCACCGACGGAUUUGCCAGCGGGGGUGAUGCAUCAAUGAUUGAAAUAUGUGGCAUAUCGCCUUCUCUGGUUGUGAAUGAGUACAAACGGACUUGGUGUUGCCUCUUGCGAAGUAGUGGUUCAGUCGCAAACUUGGCAUACAGAUCUAGGCCUGCUGGGCAUAGCGUCCAAUCAUUGAGUCCACUACCAACCACCCCAGACCCUGUAACGCGCGCAUUAGUCAAGGCCUUGCAUCGUCGAUGCUGCAUUGUCGCGUCAACUCCCGCGAAAGAACGAGUUGCCUGCGGGGCAUGUAUGGCACAAACCGAGAGGGGGAGCCUCGAUGCCGUGGACGAAUACGCACGUAUUCUGCUUGUACACUCAAGCCUUUGGUGUUUCCGUUGGCGCGGAGCUGGGCGCUGGGUCCGGAGGCAUGUCGGCGAACACCCACACACACACACACAAAGGCGGGAUGAUGGAGCGCGGGUUUCGGGUCGCUGCGGGUGGACAUACGGACUUGAUGACUUGAUGACUUGGUGAGAACGUAGCCAUGGCGGUCCCUCCCAGGGUCGCACGGGUUGAUGACUUGAUGCAUAAGAGGCAUUCAAUAGAAGCUGUUCCAAAGGGUAUAUCUGCGCAUCGUUCUGUGUCUGAAAAUGCACAGCUGAGGGGAACGUUGUGGGAGGAUUUGAGAAGCGUUCGGCGAUUAGAGAAAUGUUGGCGAGAAUUCGCGCUGUUCCCGUCUUGAUUGAGCAGGGUUUUGUUUGUCUGGGCAUCGUCCGACCACAUCGUCCAGACAUAAAUCUGUCCCCAUCAGGGCACCCGCCUUCAUGUAUGUUACCAAGUCAUCGCAGACGAUCCCUUGAAAAGUUGUAGAGAGCUG